AUGUACAACUGGCCCAAUCCAAACAACACGUGUUCAUUUCCAAGAUGGCUGACCGGAAGCACCUGGUUGUACGAAGAAAAUCCACACGUGACCUACGUAACGGAUGACUUCAACGACACGAUCUCCGUCUACGAAGAGUCUUCCAGCAGGUCGGCUGCAGCGACCAUCAAGUGCCUACACAUCGACCAUUUCAGCACCUUCCACAACUUCAACAAUGCCAACAAUCUUGACAAUAACAUCAUCUCAGAUAAAAACAUCAACUUAACAAGCAAUAUAUUUUUUUCGAACUCUUCCGAAAACAUCUCUAAUCAAAAUUCAAAAUUAUCAAUUAACAAUUACGAAAAUUGGAACGUCAAACAAUCUAUAUCUCAUCUGGCCACCACAAACACGAGUAGCACCAACGUUCGUUCCGACCACACCGCAAACAAAACCGCUGAUCCAGCGUGGCUCAUCCUGCUUGCUCACGUCAUCAAUGAAUGGUUGUGUCUAUUUAGAUUUGAAUGGCUUUACCAGCUGUUGGAUUGUAGCAGCGACAAUUGCUACGAUAGGUACUGCACGCUGGAGGGAACUGGUGAAAAACUGAAGAAAUGUUCAACUUGA